CAGGCUCCGGUCUCUUUUGCUCACUGUGACAGGAAAGGGUCACACUAGAAACCACAAGCUGGGACAUACCAAGUGGCCUCCGAUCUUUCUCUCGUCUUUUUACCACUUUUCGUCUCUUUGUCUUCUCAUUUUUCUUAGGAAGAGGCAUUUUCACUGACAGCUUCUUGGACAGCUCUGGGACAUUUUUCUGAGGAGGCAAGCUCUUGGCUGUAAUAUUUCAUUGCAGUCAUGGCACCUAAGAAGAAGAAUGUGAAGAAGAACAAAGCAGAUAUCAAUGAAACGACUAUCAUUGUGGAAGACGGUCCCCUCAGUAAACUAAAUGGCUUGAACGGACUCUUGGAAGGAGGCAAUGGUUUCAGCUGCAUCUCAUCUGAAGUUUCUGACUCAUCAUAUAGCCCAAAUCUCUUGGAAGGUCUAAGCAGAAUGAGACAAGAAAAUUUUCUUUGUGAUUUGACUAUCAGUACCAAAACCAAAUCCUUCAGUGUUCAUAAGGUGGUGAUGGCUUCAAUCAGUGACUACUUUCACAACAUCUUAAAGAAAGAUCCAUCCACCCAAAGAGUAGACCUCAAUGAUGUGUCCCCAUUGGGUCUAGCUACUGUUAUCACCUAUGCUUAUACUGGAAAACUUACUCUCUCGCUUUAUACAAUAGGUAGUAUUAUUUCCACAGCAAUUUAUCUUCAGAUUCACUCCCUUGUAAAGAUGUGCUGUGAUUUUCUAAUCCAAGAAAUCAGUGUUGAGAAUUGUAUGUACAUUGCCAAUAUUGCAGAAACAUACGGACUAAAAACGACCAAGGAGGCAGCACACAAAUUUAUUAGAGACAACUUCAUUGAAUUUUCAGAAACGGAUCAGUUCUUAAAACUUACUUUUGAUCAGAUUAAUGAACUUCUUGCAGAUGAUGACUUACAGCUUCCUUCUGAAAUUGUUGCAUUCCAGAUUGCAAUAAAAUGGCUGGAAUUUGACCAAAAAAGAGUAAAGUUUGCUGCUGAUCUUUUAGGUAACAUCCGUUUUGGUACCAUCUCGGCUCAAGACCUUGUCAAUUAUGUUCAAACUGUUCCGAGAAUGAUGCAAGAUGCCGACUGCCAUAAACUCCUGGUGGAUGCCAUGAACUAUCAUUUGCUUCCUUAUCAUCAGAAUACACUUCAGUCCAGAAGAACAAGGAUUCGCGGAGGUUUCAGAGUGCUAGUUACUGUUGGGGGACGCCCUGCUCUAACAGAGAAGUCUCUUAGCAGAGACAUCUUAUACAGAGAUCCUGAAAAGGGAUGGAAGAAGCUUAGUGAAAUGCCUGCUAAAAGCUUUAACCAGUGUGUGACGGUGAUGGAUGGAUUUCUCUAUGUGGCUGGUGGCGAAGACCAGAAUGAUGCCAGGAACCAAGCCAAGCAUGCAGUCAGCAAUUUCUGCAGAUACGAUCCCCGUUUCAAUACCUGGAUUCACCUGGCAAGCAUGAAUCAGAAGCGCACCCACUUCAGCCUGAACGUGUUCAACGGCCUCCUUUUCGCAGUGGGUGGUCGCAACUCAGAGGGCUGUCUCUCCUCAGCUGAGUGCUAUGUGCCUGCCACUAACCAGUGGCAGAUGAAGGCACCCCUGGAGGUGCCCCGCUGCUGCCACGCCAGCGCUGUGGUGGAUGGUAGGAUCCUGGUCACAGGAGGUUACAUUAACAGCGCCUACUCCCGUUCAGUGUGCAUGUACGACCCCAGCAACGAUAGCUGGCAGGAUAAGUCCAGCCUUAGCACUCCACGAGGGUGGCACUGCGCCGUGUCCCUGCUGGAGAGGGUCUAUGUCAUGGGUGGGUCGCAGCUAGGGGGGCGAGGGGAAAGGGUGGACGUCCUCCCCGUGGAGUGUUACAGCCCUUACACGGGGCAGUGGAGUUACGUGGCGCCCCUUCAAACCGGAGUGAGCACGGCCGGCGCCUCGAUGCUGAACGGGAAGAUUUACUUGGUGGGGGGCUGGAAUGAGAUAGAGAAAAAAUAUAAGAAGUGCAUUCAGUGCUAUAACCCAGAUCUCAAUGAGUGGACAGAGGAAGACGAGCUGCCUGAGGCCACUGUGGGAGUAUCCUGUUGUACUAUAUCCAUGCCCAACACCAAGACAAGGGAGUCCAGGGCGAGCUCAGUCUCUUCUGUACCAGUCAGUAUUUAAAGACUGGCCAAACCAGCAACCGGUAAAAAUGUUUACCAGCAUAGCAGUUUAAUUAACCCUUUAAGUAGCAUUUUUGUGCUUAUGUGGAAAAAAACAAUUGGCUUUGUGACUAUUUUAACAGUGCAAAUUGGCCAUUUUUCCUGAUCUUUAAGACAGGUGGCAUGAAACAACAUAUUAGGGAUAAGAUGAAUUUUCUUAGCAGGAAAAGAGUUAAGCCAUAACAGUAGAGAGAAUUUUAUUCUGUUCCUGACUUUGCCACUGACUCACUGUGUUAUCUGUGGCAAAUAAUUUAUUUGUGACUUGGUUUCCUUACCUGUAAAAUAGAGAUAAAGUUGCUUCAGAAGAUUGUUGUGAGGCUUUUUUAAUACUGAGUUUUAAAUGCUUUCAGAACUCAAAAUGAAAGCCAAACAUUGGUAGUAAUAACUCUCAACAUACAUUGGCAAUGUGCCAUGCAAUUAUAAAAUUGGUCAGUUUUGUUCUUUUCUAAGCAUUUUAUUUUUUGAGAAACAGAAAAAAAAAAAGAAAAACAAGAAAAAAUUGCAUAUAGCAUGUACAUGCUUUCCUUUUGGGGCAGUGAUAUUCACAGAAUUUUUUUUUCAGAAUUUUUUCUUCUUCAGAAGCUAGAAAGAGAUCCCUAUCUUCUGCCAUGAGACCUUUUAAUCCUCCUCUCUAAUGCUGUAGCACAGCUUUUUCAAGACCUGGAUCCGCAAAAUACUUUAGCUCCUGUAAGCCUUAUGGGCCAGCCCCAGGGUCUGCCUUGGGUGCCAAAGACCUCUUCUGACCUCCAUGUGUACACCAGGGAGCAGACUGCCACCCUGUCCUCCUCCUCAUGCCAGGGAGACUCUCCUGUUACUCCCAGAAGAAGGUGUGAAGGCCACGCAGUAUGUCUCCUCCUGUUCCAGCUCUACCCGUCUGUGUAGGAAUGUCCCUCGGGGUUAUCUUCUCUUCUGAGAAGCCAGAAACCAGGAGGUACCGCUAGAGGGGCAAAAUCUGGAAGCUGAGUUCAUGCCAGGAGGCACUGAGGCUCACAGUUUAUGAGGGUGGAGAAGAUGCACAGAGCAUCUCUCGUGCUCAGUAUUGUUCUGAAAAAUUCCCUGUGCAGUGAGGAACAAAGUCUGAAUAAAGACUGCAGGAUCUGCCAUUAAGUAUAGGGUAUGUGUGUGGAGAACAGUGAGUAAUGGGAAAGUGGAUGAAAUCAAAAAGGCUUUCCUUAGAAGUGACAAAGAGGUACCUGAACUCCUUUCUUACAGAAACAGACACAACAUCACCCAAACUAACCUUUUUCUAGACAUACUGUUAGGUACCUCCUUUUGAAGCCUUUUUUACAGCCUCAUUUGUAUUUUAAGGAACUCUUACUCAGGUUUCUCCAAAGGCUAGUCUAAUGCUGUGCUUGCUGAAUCCUGUGGAGUUUUCCCAGUGAGUGGAGUCUCUGAUCAACUCAGAUGAUUUUCCAAGAACUUUUUUAUCCUAAUCUCAGCAUGCAGUGGAGGAGUGAAGUAUGAAACCUAAUCCUAUUCACUUAGGCAAAGGGACAUACAGCCCAUAGUGUCCCCUUAGAACUUGAUACCAAAGGAGUGCUGUCACUACAAAAUGUCCACAUCCUUCUGUUUGAGAAGGAAAGAGGCACUACAAGGAACUAAAAUGAUUUCAUAUAACCAAAACAGUACAAGUUCACUCACUUCAACUAAUUCAUAGAGGCCUUGCAUGCAGUUUCCUUGGAUUAUAAUUGAUACCUCCAGGCUCCAGUGCCAACAGGAAGGCAUACUCUUAGCAACAUUUGCGAGGCAGCCAAACUUUCAUGUCAUUUGCAAAAGAGAAAUGCUAUAAAACUGUCUGUAUGUGCAGACUUUUGUCAAGACAAACAUUUGCAGGACUUUAUUAGAGCUACAUACUGAGCAUCAGCAAUGAGCGUGACACAGUAUUAGAGAUGAUGCGAUUCACCCUGUCCUUCGGGAUUACACUGCAUGGUACUCAGUCCUGUUUUCCAGUUCUGACUUAGAAUUCAUGUCUGCAUCCUGACUACACAAACUUAAAUCCCAAAUUCUAUUUCUGAGUACUGCAUGCUAUUAGAACAUACUGCGUUGCGAUGACUUGUAGUCAGGGUAGCAGUCAUAUUGUUUUGAUUAAUAUAAUUUGCACAUAGAUUUCCUUUGUAUUUUCUAAUCCAAAUAAUAGUAAUGCAAAUCCACAGUCACAGAACAAAACAUGGACUUGUAUAACAGAGUAGGAUUUCUGUGUUUUAAAUGCAAAAAUGUUGUUUCUGCCCACUCCAGUCAAAAGCAUUCACAGAAUAGCAGAGGUUGGAAGGGACCUCUGCAGGUCACGUAGUCCAACCUUUCCCAAAGUCAUGACCACAUGUUCUAUACGGUAAUAUUUAAGAUGCUCUUUAAAAAAUCCAUCUGCUCCAAUAAUUUUUGUAAUACUGUAAUACUAUUAGAUGUAGUUGCUUAUCCACCCAGGUCAAUAAAGACACAUACACAAAUCCAUUUAUAUCUGUUUAGAUACACUAGUUAUAGUGUAUAGUUAUACUACUAGUUAUACACACUAGUGGUUCUAAGAUACCCACUAAGAUGGCAUUUAGGAAUUCAAUAAACAGUCAUUCUGGCCUCAGGUAAAUAUAGGAUAAGAUUGUGUCAUAUGCAGGUGCCACUUUUUUCCCUUUAGGAUUUCAGUUCCAAAAUGGUAUGAGUAGUCAGAUGUUGCUGCACGCUUUCCUCUUCAAUCAACCAAUGCUUCCUAUACAUGAACACUGAUCUUCUGUUUUUGGAUAGAAAGUUAUUUGUGGAUGAUGGGCUAAGUGCAAUGAAACUAUUCUCUUAACUACUUAAAGGGUUAAAAACUUCGGGGGCCAAAUCCUUUUCAUCUUACUCACAGAAAAAGUUCCACUGACUUCACUGGGACUGUUGAAUAAGAUGUACAGGAUUUCAGACUCUUGGCCAAAUUCCGGCAGAACAAUACAUACAGAUGCCUGCCAAAACUGUCAUACCCAGAAGGAAGACUGAUCUCUCAGCCCUCACUGCCCUUGGCCACAAGUCCAUAAGGAGGUGUCCUAGGACAGGAGUCAAGCACCACUGGCCACGUGUUGCUUCCAUUGCACAAACUAGCUACGUACCACAGGCCAAAAAUCUUAGGUAGAUUAAAAAAAGGUAUUGUUAUCAGUACAGCACUUCAGUGUAUUAUUUUCAUUAUUUUCUCUAACCAUUUGUUUAGGCUUGAACUGCACAUUGAGCCAGGAUUUGGCCUUUAAUAUAUGGCAAUAUCAGCUGAACUUAAUGUUAUUAUGAUCAUACCAAUGUAUUGAGCUGUGUGACAUUUUUAUGUACAAUCUCAUUUUGUUAGAACUGUAAAAAGUGGUCUGUAUGUUAUGUGUUAUGGGAUAGUGCUCUUCCAUUGUCCAGUACCAUUCUUUUGGUCUCCAAAUAUUUAAUAAGAACAUUUCAUUGGAACUUAAAAUAUUGUAUACGCUGAAAAGAAAUUUUAAAAUGCAAUUUAGGAAGUACUGGACAUGUUAAUAUUAAGUAAAGCAGAACUUCCAAUUGUAUGAGACAUAGGUUGCUAAAACACUACAAGGAUUUUCUUUAAUGCUAUACGGAUAGAAAAGAAAAAAAAAA